UCAAGCUUGACACGACUUCCAGGUUUGCUGCAAGAGUCCAUUGAGUGGAAACCACAACCAUGCUGUUCCUUUGAUGCGCGCCGUCAUUCAGGAAAGACGUCAUGUCGGGUAAGCCAAUGUUUACCACGUUUGGGGGAGAUGUAAACAUGACCAAAGCCGGUGCUGUCUUGAGCCUGAUAGCAGAGACAACUUAAGGGCAAAGACAAAGUAAAAUGGGCAGGUGUCAUGCAUCUUCAACGUUCCAUAGUGCCGAUACUGAACAACGUAUAUUCCAAUGGACUCACCCAGUACACUCAACAGUUGGCCCAGCUAUCCACCCAAUCCCCCUGCCGCAGCGAACGAAACAAGCCACUACGCAAUCAUGUCAUUUAUGCUGGAUUUCUACCGGCACACCAUCAUCCUCGUCGACCUGCGCUUCACCAUCCACUGGGACGCGGGCAAGCAGAGUCAGAGAUUCGCUCCCGUAGCCUUCGCCGCCGAGCUUAUCACCGAGGACCCCGACCUAUUCAUCCAAUCGCUCGAUGCCGCCUGCCAGGAGCGGAUCCGUGCCGUCACCAAAUACACGAUGUACCGGUUCGACAAACCCGUCAACUUCGAGGUGGAGCGGUCGUUUGUCUGGAAGGGCUUUGAAAAAGCGCGGCUGUCCAUCAGGGGCCUGAGCCCCGACGAGCUGUGGGCCCAGCUGCAGUUGAUGAAGACGAGGGGAUACCAGGAUUGUGUUCGGGUGGAUAUGGCGGUUGAGAUCGAGGCUGGGGAGGAGCUGAGGGGACAGAGGAUUAUGAUAUCUUCGUAGGUUCAAGUUCAAUGUUACCCCGGAGACGGACGGACGGCCUGGUACGUUCGCACUUUUUUGUUUUUGCAGGCAAGCUGAAAGGGGGCGUCUGGAGCCAGAAAGCUGACCGAAAACUUGCCUCAGAUCAGUAGGUUGAGACCCUGCAGGUUGCAGGUCUGCAGUUCGCAGUGUAAUGUCCGGAAUUCAUACUACUGGCUGGUGUCCUCGCUUGGCAUGCAGCCAUCCACGACCUGCAGGACUAGUUAGCGGAGGCUUCUGGAAUAAUGCUAUUUAUGCAGAUGGACGGCGUUGUGCAUCUGCUGGAGGGGGGCAAAUAGGAGGAUGCCGGCCCAGCCCCUGAGUGACCACAACACGCAAGAAUAGGUGUGAUGGGUGUUGAGCG